GUGCAAGUCGAUGGUUUUCGGAUCUUUGAAAGCCGAUCACUUCAAGAAGUACUUCUUAGUUCUUACUUCAGGCGGUUUUCAACGUGCAUCGUCACUUUGGUCGAUAAUAAAAUCCCCUUAAACAUUUACCAAAAGUACCUUGGUCUGUCUGUUUCAAAUUAUGCCGUCCCAUCCCUUUGAUCGCAUCUACCGGGUUCGUGGCGUUGACCCACCUUUUCCAACACUACCUCCUCACCUGCAUUCGCGCUUCUAUCGUCUCCCCAAUCGCGGCGACCUCAGCUUAGCUUGCUGUAUCAACAUUAGUUCCAUGCAUCGAUCGCCCGGUUGCGCGUUGCUCAGAUCCCUUUUGCGCCAACGCUCAAUCGCCCUUGGCACGCACACCUGAUCGCCUCGUGACUUCCCUUAUCAGUAUCAUACGGCUGCUGGGCGGCCCCUAUCCGCGUGUUAGCUCCUCAUCUCGUAUAUAAGACCUCGUCUCAGUGCUCCUGACGUCUCAGAAACGCGCUCCUCUCACCCACAACCCUAGUGCAACCUUCACCAACUAUACUUCUCGCUCACUAUGUCCUCCAAGCCUGAUCAGUGCCCGGCCCUCAAGGGUGACAUCCAGGUCGCAGCUCAGCUCGGCCAGAAGCUCGGCCACCAGGUGUCGGCUGACCAGAUGAAGGAGAUCGCUCGUGGUGAGCGCGGAACGGAGGAGAAGAAGGCGCUUGAGGAGCUCGCCCCCGCUGGCCACCCCAAGAACUCUGAAACAGGACACGAAAUUGGGAUUCUAAAGGAUGUCGAUCACAUGUUCAUACCGAUAUCAUUCUCUCCGGAUGGCACGCGAAUCGCCGUAGGCUCGCACGGCAAGACAGUUCGCGUCUGGGAGCCGCGGACUGAUUCGAUCUUGUUGGGUCCCCUCGAAGGUCACUCGGACGUAGUGGUUGACGUGCAGUACUCGCCAGAUGGGCAAUCCAUCGCAAGUGGCGGAGAAGACAUUCGAUGCUCGCUAAUGCAUGGGAAACUCAUCGCCAGCGGGACGCUUAGUCGUUUCAUUAUAACAUGGGAUGCAAAAACUGGCAAGCUGAUUUUGGGGAAGCCAGUAAAAGACAACGAAAGUCCAGAUCAAAUAGACAGCUCGCCGCUUCAAGAGCAUCCGCCGCCUCGCCGCCUAUCCCUGCUGGAAAGAUGCCUGCCACCGUUAGAAGGCCAGGCGUUGGACACGAUUCUAUUACUGAAAAAUGCACGUGUCAACUCAGCCGAUGUACCCACUCGACCGACGUCUUCGCGGGGGAAGAAGUUCUGGAAGACAAAGAGAUCGCCCCAACGGACUAACUCGCGUGAAUCAGAUGCACACUCUCAGGACAGAUCUAAACGCGGCAUUCUGAGAAUCGUAUUUCCCGCCAAAGCAAAAGAGGCGUGUACUUACAUGAAGCAGAGCAAAAACGCAAGCGGCCCCGAUGGCGAGGAAGAGGAAAUACGCAAGUCAGCGAUGAGGGUAGUGACAGAGAGUGGGGCCGAGCAAGAUGAGGACGAUGAAUUGCCUUCGGACCAUGACCAUGGCGAUAGUGAUGCGCACGAAGUGGGUCAGUUGGAUCGAAAAGCGCAGUUUCAGCCAUUUGCUGACUCGCAUCGUAACAAGGGUGGACCUGUUGCGUCGAUCGCAGCAGUGGUUGACGAGGAUGGAGGCAUAAUGGGGCUACAAGCUGAAGGAGAUAAUUAA